CAGCCAAUCGGCUGCCGCGCGAGCGGAGCUGUCAGCCAAUCGGCUGCCGCGCGAGGGGAGCCGUCAGCCAAUCGAUUGCCGCGCGUCAGUCGAAGCAACCUAUGGGCGGCUCCGGGGCGGUUUAAAAGGUGGCGCCGUUGGCUCUGGGUGCGCUCUGCUGUGUUUUACAGUGCUUUGGGCUCGGCUGCUCCAGCCUUUCCUGGGUUAUUGAUCUCUGAGGUGGUCUCAUCAAUCUGAAGAUGGCAACUCUGAUCUUUGUUGAUCAGGAGAAUGGUGAACUUGGUGCUCCUAAGAGUCAGCUGAAGCUCUCUUCAGGAUCUUCAAAAGUCUUAGCUGAAAGAACACAAGUUAACACUCCACUUCCUAAAAAAGCUAUCAGUACUUCUCCAGUCACAUCUCAUUCUGUCAGAAAGGCUCUUGGAAAUGUAAAUAAAACUGAACGAGUCAUGAGCAAGAUGGAUAGGAUAAAACAGAAAAAUCAGCCUUGCACUGUGAACAAAACUGGAUUAGAAAGCUGCCGUACAGUGGCUGAAGAAGAUUGGCCAGAAAUAGAAAAUAUGUUUCCUUUGGAUCCUCAAGACUUUGAGAGUUUUGAUCUUCCUGAAGAACACAAACUAAGCAAUAUCAACCUGUGUGGUGUUCCCCUCAUGGUAUUUGAAAGGACAUAUGACAAAUGCGUGAACAUGGUUCCUUCACCUGUGAAAAUUGAAGAGAUUUCAUGGGAAUCCACUUUAUCUGCUGAGCAUGACACCAUAUGGUCUGGGAUAUCCCCUGGGCCCCUUGGGAUCAGCUCUUCUGGCUGUGCUCCCUUCCAGAUGUUUGAGCACUCCCAGCCUCCUCUUUGCUGAUGGGGUGAGGAGCAGAAAAGGCCUUGAACUCUAUUGCUGAGCAGUGCUCACACAACUAAACCAUCCCUGAACUAUCAACACUGCUUCCAGCACAAAUCCAAAACACAGCCCAUACCAGCAACUGUGAGGAAAAUUAACUCUACCCAGUGAAAAGUAGUACACUGAGCAAUCUUUUGUGAUGCAUUGCAAACUGAUCAGUUAGGUGGCAUUGGCUUAUACAAUGAAGCAAUAUUUCCCUUGCUUAUUCAAGAGGGUUAUGCUGAGCUGCUGGGAGCUAGCUUCUGUUAGUGUGCAUUGAGUUUGAGAAAUUGAUUUGAUUUAUUUCUA